AUGCGUCGACAGAGGAUUUAUGUGGACAACAUUGAAGAAGCGGUGCAACAGUUAAUCCCUUAUCUGGAGGAUACAAGCAGUCCUGCACACAAGGCCAUCUAUUUUGAUGGAUGGGAUGGGUUGGCUGCUUCGGCGGUGCUUAGAGCUAUAGCUGAAGACCCUCCACCAUCUUUGCUGAAGAUAUUCAACAAGAUCAUCCACAUCGAUUGCUCCAGGUGGAAAAGCCGAAGAGCUCUCCAGAGGACAAUUGCACAAGAAGUUCUUCCUCAUCGGGUAAUGCAUAUUUUUGAUAGGCAAGAUGAAGAAGAUGAUUUCUGUGGGAUAGACGAAGGCUCAAGAGCUGAAAUAGGAUUCAUUGGGAAAGAGAUCCUUCAAGUCCUUAUGGCACACAGAUGUUUAGUGGUCUUUCAUAACGGAAGCAAUGAUGUGGUUAAUUUAAGCGCUUUUGGCAUUCCUCAACCAGAGUUUUUUGGUACUAAGAUAUUGUGGUCAUUUCGGGAAAGGCUUCGGCUCAACCCAGGAAUUAGUGAGAAGGUGGAUGAUUCCAAUCUUUUUCUUUAUGCACACAAUGAUGAGCUGUGGAAUUUUCUGCUUAAAAUAGAGGCUAGAGAAAUUGUUGGGUACACAAAUAAGCUUGGUGAAGCAGUUGAAGAGUGUUGCUUGUAUUUGCUGUCAUUAAAUUCUCAGGGAGGCAACAUCAUGGACUAUGACUGGGCUACCCAUGCUUCUAACUAUUGGAUCUGUGAUGGGAUUAUAAAAGGAGAUCAGGAUGAUGAAGCAUGGGAGGUUGCAGCUGCUCUGCAUCAACAAAUAAAUAUAAAGGAUUAUUCAUCUAAUUCACUGCCCACUUUUGGUGAUGAACUGAACACACCUCUUGAAAGGUGGAUAUUAUCCAGGUAUAACUCUGUUUUGUAUCCAUGGUCAACAUCCUUUUUUCUUGCUGGAACCGCAAGCAGAUCUGAUCCUCCAUCAAGACCCUUACCUAAUGACACGUUUCAUCAAUCGAACAUGCUUCAUGUGCUCAAGUUAUGCCGUUGCACCUUCUGUUUUUCUGCACCUCCUUUCGGUUGUUGCCGCAACUUAAGGUUCCUCGGAUUAGAUGGCUGCAAGGAUCAUCGAGUAGAAGAAGCUGAGAAGCAAGAUAGACCAGCAAUGGAAUGUUUUCAGAGCCUAUGGGUACUAGACAUAUGCCGCACAGAUUGGGAAUUUGCCUUGUCACCGGAGAUAACAGAGCAGAUUGAUCGAAACAUUAGAGAGGUACACAUAAAGAAGGGAAGGAUUUGGCAACACAGUUUUACAUGGCGACAAUUGCAAAACCUUCACAAGCUUCGAGUAAUUGAGCCUACGUCACCUUGGGGGACAGGCCAAAAUGAUGAAUUCACCAAUAUGGUUAAGUUGGAGUUCCUUGACCUAUCUGGGGAUAGUACAAUACAAGCUUUGCCAAGUAUGUCAGGGGCUACUAGCCUCAAGAUUCUGAUUCUCGAUGAUUGUGUUAAACUGGAAAGUGUGGGCCCGGAAGGACUACCGCCAUCACUUGAAUCCUUCAGCUUAGAUUGUUGUACAAGAGGGGAUCAGAAUAACAAUGCUCAAAUUUCUCAUAUCUCUUUGGCUGGUUGUGCAAGAUUGGUGAACUUCAAGUUGCGUGGAUCGCUUCCAAAUCUUGAGGAGCUAGAUCUAUCAGGUACAUUGGUCAAAACACUUGACCUGAAAGAUAAGGUGGUGCAGGCCCCGUGCCUCAAGCAAAUUAUUCUGUUGGGAUGUCUGCAGCUCCUUGCCAUAUUAUGGCCUAAAAAUGGUAUGCCAAAACAUACAGUGUUACGCAUUGAUUCUUUAGUCUGUCUUGUUCAAGCAGAACUUCUUCAAGCAUAUGCUACUAUAAUGGACAUAAGGUUUCUUCAGACCUUGGUAUUAGAGAGUAAUGUUGAGUUCUGUUGGAAGAGUAGUAGGUUUCAUCUAAAUUUAUGUGUCCCAUGUACCAACAAAGUUUAG